GCAGUACAGUAAACACACGGACAGGAGGGAGAAGAGAAGUUUGCUACAUAAUUCGAGACUACUGUACAUACUGCAAAGCCCCUGGGAGGUGAGCGGAGCAGUGAGCAGCAGCGGUGGCCGCGCCCGGGAAUCAUUUUUGGUGAUUUAACCCCCAAUUCCAACCCUUGAUGCUAAGUGCCAAGCAGGGAGGGGAGAAAAACAAAAUGCUUGACGUUGUUGCGUCGAUCUUCCUGCUUUGCUGCCUUUUUGAAGGCAGUCAGUGCAAUGUAUGGAAGUUGAUCGUGCCAUCCCACGUGGAGACACUGAGCGGCACCUGUGUGAGAAUCCCCUGCAAGUUCACCGCGCCUGAUAAUUGGGUAGCUUACAUAGACGACUCCUGCAGAGUAAAAUGGCGCACUUACAAAUGGUAUAAAGGGUACACGGAGGUGUUUGAUUCCCGUGCUAAAACCUACUCCAACCGCAGGCCAGGAACGUUUAUUGGGAACUUGAAGAAUCUGGACUGCACCACCAUCUGGUUCGAUAUUCCAUCAGUCCUGCCUGACAAUGUGUUUUACUUCCUGCUGGAAUGUAAAAGGUUCCAGCAGAAAUUUGACCAAAGUUUGACUUUGGACGUCCGAGCGGCUCCCCGCGGGCCCACCCUCAAAGCCAACAGUGUGUACCUAAAGGAAGGCGACGCGCUGACAUUGGCGUGCGAAGCCAUAACUUAUUGUCCCACGCACCCUCCCGAACUGACGUGGCAGCCAUCUCUGAGCGACAGUGACAUUAAAGUGACGCUGAAGGAUACGACCAGGAUUUCUGUGAUGAAGGCGAACGCCUCUUCCCGCCACAAUGCUGUGAAGGUCACCUGCAAGACAAACUACGGACGAAAAAACAAGGCCAACGACGGAAGCGAAUAUAGUUUGACCCUUCAUGUUGAUUACGCUCCAAAGAACACCUCAGUCGGCUACGUAAGUCCAGUGACGGAGGGGACUUCCAUCACGAUGACCUGCAUUACCAACGCCAACCCAGUUGUGGACAGCUACACCUGGUACCAAGUGGACGGAGAUCAGGUGACACCAGUGGGAUCCAGUACAAAAAUGUCCAUCACGGUCACAGAGGCCACAAACACCUUUUACUGCAGAGUCCACAACAGAUAUGGAUACCAGAACUCAUCCAUCACAGUGAUUGACGUGCAAUUUCCUCCCAAGGAAACAACAGUAAUCUUGGAACCCGCUGGUCCGAUAGUGGAGGGCGACACCGUGGUCCUGUUGUGUCAAAACCGGGCCCAACCUCCUGUGUCCAACUAUGUCUGGUUCAAAGACGACGGCAAAGAAGACAACGAGACGGGAGCAGACUUGCAUUUGGAACGUGUAGAGACAAAACACAGCGGCGGCUAUCGAUGUCAAGCCACAAACAAGCUGGGAGAGGAAACAUCAGCCACUGUUCAGCUGGACGUUGAAUAUCCUCCUAGAAACACUUCGGUGGCGGUGUAUCCGUCCGGCCCGGUCACAGACGGCAGCGCUGUGACUUUAAGGUGCACGAGCGUGGCCAAUCCAGCAGUGGCCAACUUCACGUGGUACAGAGUGGCUGCGGGGGAGCGUGAGGUGAUGGGCCAGGGAGAGGUGAUCUCCUUCAACGUGAGCAAACGUUCACAGGAAGACUUCUACUGUCAAACUGUCAACGUUCACGGCCUUGACGUCUCUGAGCCUCUCAACAUCAAUGUCACAUUCCGGCCAGAGAUCCUGGCCUCGUCCCACUGCGAAGACGUCUCAUCCCAGACACGAUGCUCCUGUGACAGCCGGGCCAACCCGCCCCCUUUGCUGCGUUGGGAGUUAUCCGGGGUGCCUGUCAAUCAAUCUGCCAUCACGGAUGUGACGACCCCUUUGCUGCGUUGGGAGUUAUCCGGGGUGCCUGUCAAUCAAUCUGCCAUCACGAAUGUGACCCUCGGGGGCGUGACAAGGACCAGCGUUGUCACCCUCAAGCUUCCGGACCAAGACCGAGAUGCCUUGUCGCUGGUCUGUUUCAGCGUCAACCCUCUAGGCUUGGACAGUUUGGCCUUCAACAUGUCCUCCCCUCGCAUGGAAAACGCUCGGUACAGUCUGUGGGUUCUGGUCGGUUCCCCCGUGGGAGUGUUAGCCAUGCUGUUCUUGAGUCUGCUGCUGAUUUUGCACAUUUGCAGGAAAACCAAAGGCAGGUAUGUAACAAAUCCGGGACAAGAAGAUGACGACACCGCACCCAUCAUUGCGACAAAUGAGGAGAAAGAGCGCGACUCGGGCUACGUUAACGUCGUUUUCAACAAGCAGGCGGAUAUCGAAGAGGACCAGGUUGACUUCGCCGACGUCAACGUGGUCAAGUUUGAGGCGAAGAAUCAGAAAACCAAAGGCAGGUAUACAAAAAAUCCGGGACAAGACGAUGACGACGCCGUCUCCAUCAUUGCGACAAAUGAGGAGAAAGAGAGCAACUCGGGCUAUGUUAACAUCGUUUUCAACAACCAGGCAGAUGUCGAGGAGGACCAGCUUGACAUCGCCGAAGUCAACGUGGUCAAGUUUGAGGCGAAAAAUCAGAAAACCAAAGGCAGGUAUACAACAAAUCCGGGACAAGACGAUGACGACACCGUCCCCAUCAUUGCGACAAAUGAGGAGAAAGAGAGCAACUCGGGCUACGUUAACGUCGUUUUUAAACAACCAGGCGGAUGUCGAGGAGGACCAGCUUGACUUCGCCGACGUCAAAGUGGUCAAGUUUGAGGCGAAGAAUCAGUAAGUCUAAGAUCUAAGACCUCUACUUUCAUGAUGUCUGAAUUCUGCCUAGCAACAAGUGGCCAGUCAAAGGUGUGGUGAAGUAAUGUACUUUUGCUCCUUUUUACAGACAAGUAGAUGUUUUGUGAUGUAUUUAGAAUUGCAAAGCAUAUUUAAUUUAAUGCAUCACUUUUGGAAGACAAAUUCCAGCAUCAUCACUGGUGCUAGAAAUCAAUCUUUGAAAAUGUAUUAUGCUUGUCCUGUUUGUAAAAUUUUAAACAUUUAAAAAAAUAUAAACAGGUGGACAUAGUGAGUUUAUUCAAAAGAUUAAUAGAGUGGGCAAUUUAAUGGUUUGUUUUUUGUUUUAUAUAUUACAUUUAUUCAAUCUUUAUUGAAGGGUGAGACUUGGUUAUUUAGGGAUUGUAUCUUUUGUUUUAUUUAUUACAAUUAUUACAUAUUUAUUAAAGUGUAAAAUAUAAGUAUUUAUGAAUUGUAUUCAUCACAUUUGAAUUAUAUAUUUUUGAAAAAUAAUGUUAGAUUAAUAUUUUUGAAGCAUUGUCGAUCUGCUCUUGCUUGUAAAACAAUAUCUAAUGCUGAAAAUCAACAAUCCUUACAUAACAAAGUUGUAACGUCACAUUCUUCUUUUUGACUUGACUGUUCAUAUUCCUCUUUAUGUAUUUCAUUCAUAUUGAUCUCUACUGUGGUUAUAAAGUCUCCUGUGCUGGUGAAAUAUGUAAGUUUCAUUUGAAAAAAUCAUUAAAACCUUUUACACAAAAGCUGAGCAGUUU